AUGGCCCCUGGACAUCCUACCUCAUCCCCUCACGCAUUCGACUGGUCGGUGAACGGUGCACCGUCCCCAAGCGAGAGUUUCCUGCUCUUCACAGAAUCUGCCGGGUACUCUAUCGCUGUUACUUCGAACCAACCACAACAGAGCAAACGCGCACGGAAGCGCGAAUCCAGGCGGCUCAGCAGCGAGUCCUUCCUGUCGUUCUCUCCCCCGACCUCUCCCUCAGACGUCUCACCGCCAAACACUUUGAGCCCGACGGUCGCGUAUCCCCGCGCUGGCAACCCUCAUAAACGCGCACAGUCCGAGGCGGCGCUCGGUCACCGCCUCGUGCCCGCGCUUAGAACACCUGUCCCGCCUCCGCAGCCUCACAAACCGGCAACGGCAUUCUUGCACACGUCCCCCGCAACGUCUCCCACCAACGCUCCCGCGACGUCUCGCACAUUCCCCCCACGGCCUUCCAACAGUUCUGACCCACGACCCUCUACGAGUUCUGGCUUCCGUACGACGGAGAGGCCACGCGCAUCAUCUUCGCAUGCUUCGGAAAGGCGUCCAACCGUCUCAAGACCCCCCGCAUUGAUGCUCCUGCCCCAAAAGCUCUCAUCGCCUGAUUCUCCGAGUCCAUCUCCAACUGCGACAGUGGACAGCUUCGCAACCAAGCUCCCAUCCCCAGAAGAGCUCCAUGCGCGGCGGAUUGCGAAGCUGCGCAAACACCUUUCAGCGUCUGUCCCCGCAGAACUCGUCGCACGACCAGCGCGCAAAAACUCGCACCGGGAGUCGGUUAUCAUGCCUCCUCCGCGACCGUCCACUAGCAUGGGUGUACGCGAACCCGAGGUUGACUACGAGCGGCUGAAGAAGAUUCGGAGGCAUUUAUCCGCAUCUGUGCCAGAGCACCUCGUGUUGAAGCUUCCACCGCGGCUGGACUUGGACAUGUUCUGCGAUAUUGACGAAGAGGACGAGGAAUGCUGCAAUGAGGGGUACUGGAGUGAACCGGAACGGGCGCCGUCCAACGAGUCGAACUCAUUGGAGUAUCACCAGUAUCUCGAUCUCCCUGUUACGGACGAUGAUGGACCCGUGAGCGUCGAAGUCGAAGUCGGGGUGUUGGGAAGGGUUAGCGAGGGUUCGGAGGAUUCGAACAGGUCGGAGCGCCCGUGGCCGCCGACGCCUACAAGCACUAUCUCGAGCUUCCGCCCCGUACGCGUUGAGCGCGGCAACCGGCGCGAGAGCGUCGAGUACGCGCAGAUGAUGAAGGCGCUCCGCUCCCUCAAGUGA